GUUCGCCCUGAGGUGCGGUAUGAUCGAACAUUUUUGAGCCCACACGAAAUCCGACGGAGUACCUGAGAGGGUUCGCGCGGAGCAUCUAGGAAGGGAAUGCCAGCGGCGAGUGACGUAACGCAGCUGACUCUUAUCCAUACUUGUCCCCGCCCCGUGUAUAAACUUCAUAUCCUUUCUCUUAUUCCUCCCGAAGCCGCCCCCCUCCCUCCCAUGGUUUGCCCCUCCUCGUACGCAAGGUCUUGGUAGAAGGGUAGCUUCAAGUUUCCUUUAGACAUACAGGCAUGGAGGGGGCUCUGGUCCAGUCAGCAAUUGUUCCUACUGUAUAUGACAGCUGCGCUCAGGUCCGUGGGCGUGCCAGGGCGACAUCGUUCCGUAGUAUGGAGACACAAACCAUUACCCUUGGAGGUUUUCAAGGACUGAGGAGGGCAAACUUUCUUGAUACGAAAUCUGUGGUCAGGCAUGAUUUCGGCUCUAUUGUGGCAAGUCAGCUUGCACGUCCAAGAGGGAAGGGGUCUAGAAUGGUUGUCCGUGCCAUGUUUGAGCGCUUCACAGAGAAAGCAAUCAAGGUGAUUAUGCUUGCUCAAGAGGAAGCGAGACGUCUAGGCCACAAUUUUGUUGGGACAGAGCAGAUCCUGCUUGGCCUUAUUGGUGAGGGUACAGGUAUUGCAGCUAAGGUUCUUAAGUCAAUGGGCAUCAAUCUUAAGGAUGCUCGUGUAGAAGUUGAGAAGAUCAUUGGGCGAGGCAGUGGUUUUGUGGCCGUCGAGAUUCCUUUCACACCCCGUGCAAAGCGUGUGUUGGAGCUAUCGCUUGAAGAAGCUCGUCAACUUGGUCAUAAUUACAUAGGAUCUGAACACUUGCUGCUGGGCUUGCUUCGUGAAGGUGAAGGUGUGGCUGCCCGAGUGCUAGAAAGUCUCGGCGCUGAUCCAAACAACAUCCGCACACAGGUCAUAAGAAUGGUUGGUGAAAGCACAGAAGCUGUUGGUGCUGGUGUUGGUGGUGGAAGCAGUGGUCAAAAAAUGCCCACACUUGAAGAAUAUGGUACUAAUUUGACGAAGCUAGCUGAAGAGGGUAAACUAGAUCCAGUUGUUGGCAGGCAGGACCAAAUUGAGCGUGUCACCCAAAUAUUAGGCAGGCGAACAAAGAACAACCCUUGCCUAAUUGGAGAGCCAGGUGUUGGCAAGACUGCUAUUGCAGAGGGACUUGCACAGCGUAUUACCAACGGGGAUGUUCCAGAAACAAUUGAAGGAAAAAAGGUUAUUACACUUGACAUGGGGCUGCUUGUUGCUGGCACCAAGUAUCGUGGAGAGUUUGAAGAAAGGCUGAAGAAGCUUAUGGAGGAAAUUAAGCAAAGUGAUGAUAUCAUUCUCUUCAUAGAUGAAGUGCACACUUUGAUUGGAGCUGGUGCAGCUGAGGGUGCAAUCGAUGCAGCCAACAUCUUGAAACCUGCUCUUGCAAGAGGUGAAUUGCAGUGUAUUGGUGCCACAACGCUGGACGAGUACAGAAAGCAUAUUGAGAAAGAUCCGGCACUGGAGAGAAGAUUUCAGCCAGUCAAGGUUCCAGAACCGACUGUUGAUGAAACCAUACAAAUUUUGAGAGGCCUUCGUGAGAGAUAUGAGCUUCACCAUAAGCUGCAAUAUACAGAUGAUGCUCUUGUUGCUGCUGCGAAAUUGUCAUACCAGUAUAUCAGUGAUCGUUUCCUGCCUGACAAAGCUAUAGACCUGAUUGAUGAAGCUGGAUCACGCGUCAGACUGAGGCAUGCUCAGCUCCCUGAUGAAGCCAAAGAAUUGGACAAAGAACUCCGCCAGGUUACCAAGGAUAAGAACGAGGCAGUACGUGGCCAAGAUUUUGAGAAGGCUGGGGAACUAAGAGACAGAGAAAUGGAACUGAAGGCACAGAUUACGGCCAUCAUUGACAAGAGCAAGGAAGUGGUUAAGGCAGAGAGCGAGUCUGGUGAAGUUGGUCCUUUGGUCACGGAGGCAGAUAUCCAGCAUAUUGUCUCCUCUUGGACUGGAAUACCUGUCGAGAAGGUUUCCGCUGAUGAAUCUGACCGUCUCCUGAAGAUGGAGGAAACACUGCAUCAACGUAUCAUUGGCCAGGACGAGGCUGUGAAAGCUAUUAGCCGUGCAAUCCGUCGAGCCCGUGUUGGCCUCAAGAACCCAAACAGACCUAUUGCUAGUUUUAUAUUCUCUGGACCAACCGGUGUUGGUAAAUCAGAACUUGCUAAAGCUUUGGCAUCGUACUACUUUGGCUCUGAGGAAGCCAUGAUCAGGCUUGAUAUGAGUGAGUUCAUGGAGAGACAUACUGUUUCAAAACUAAUUGGGUCGCCACCCGGAUAUGUUGGCUAUACUGAGGGUGGUCAAUUAACUGAAGCAGUUCGUCGUCGCCCUUACACAGUAGUUCUCUUUGAUGAGAUCGAAAAGGCACAUCCAGACGUCUUCAACAUGAUGCUUCAAAUACUGGAAGAUGGAAGAUUGACUGACAGCAAGGGGCGGACUGUUGAUUUCAAGAAUACGCUGUUGAUCAUGACAUCUAAUGUUGGAAGCAGUGUCAUUGAGAAGGGAGGCCGCAAGAUCGGAUUUGACCUUGACUAUGAUGAGAAGGACACCAGCUACAACAGGAUUAAGAGCCUGGUGACUGAGGAGCUAAAGCAGUACUUCCGGCCUGAGUUCUUGAACAGAUUGGAUGAGAUGAUUGUUUUCCGCCAGCUGACAAAGCUGGAGGUGAAGGAAAUUGCAGACAUUAUGCUGAAAGAAGUGUUUGACAGGCUGAAGGUAAAGGAAAUCGACCUUCAAGUGACUGAAAGAUUCAGAGAUAGGGUGGUGGAUGACGGCUACAACCCAAGCUACGGUGCCAGGCCACUGCGGCGCGCUAUCAUGAGGCUGUUGGAAGACAGCCUGGCAGAAAAGAUGCUGGCUGGCGAGGUCAAAGAAGGUGAUUCCGCUAUCGUAGAUGUUGAUUCAGAAGGCAAAGUUAUAGUUCUCAAUGGUGGCAACGGUGUCCUGGAGCCGCUGACACCUAUUUUGAGCACCUAAUCAUACGGAGCACAUGAUUACGGAACCCAUUGUUUCAGCACAAGCUGUGGCGUGGAGCUGACACCAAUUCUCUUUCAUUAGGUGGUGUUGUGUCGUUAGAUAUUGCUUGCAAGCGAGGCACUAGAAGAUUCCGUAUAGCUCACCGGCACGCCUAGAUUUUCUGUUUUUGCUUUUGAAAGGAAUCUGGAGGCUUUAUUUUUAGGAUGCCUAUAUCUGCCACACGUGUGGCACAAGGACCCCCAGACCAAACUCCCGUCCCCAUCAGUACACAUUAUGCCAUGUCACCGUAUGCAUGUAUAAAUGGCGAAACUGAUGGUGUCAGUGAAAAUCUUUUGGAAUGACAAAACUAAUGAUGUCAAUGGGAA